AUGGGCUCGUGCGGGAGAAAUGGCAAAAAAGGCGCCCUAGGCUUUAAGUACAAGCCUCACACACCACAAGCCAAGGGCGAGCCUCUGCGCCUGCACAAGGCGUCUCGUCGGACCCUUGAAAGCUGGGCUAAUCAUUAUGGAUUCAAGCACGAAGCCGAUGACCUGCCGCAAUCCGAACGCGCCGAGUUCUAUCGGGAGCGCUUGAAGGAGCUCCAGAGACAAGGAUUGGGGCCGCUCUUUGGACAGAAGAUGCAACGCUUGUCUAUGGACAAGUCGGAUUGGCCAAAUGCAACCCACAGGAGAAAGCAAAGGGAACUCGAGGAGCAGGGCGAGCUGGAGGUGCGGAAUCAUGAGUGGCGACAGAAUAAAGCUUUCGAAGCCAUCCAUUGA